GUUGAUGGUCUGUGGUCACACGUACAAAAACUAAAAAGGAAAUUCCUACUUUGUUUUUAUUUAUGAUUAUGAUAAAUUAAAUUUGUAAUUUAAUGUUGGUUUUAAUUUCGUAGAGAUUUGUACUACAUGUUCCGCGUUACAGCUACCCUUCGCAAUUUAAGCGACACAAUGGAAAAGUGUCGCCAUUUAUCUAGAUUACACGUUUUUAAGGAAAACGGUUAUAUAAAUGGGAAAUGGGUAACCUCAAAAGGUGCAGAAUGCUUUAAUGUUUUAAAUCCGGCCAGUGGCGAUGUAAUUGCAACAUUACCAGAUAUGAAUGUCGAAGAUGCACAGGAUGCCAUUGACGCUGCCGCUAAUGCUUUCAAAACUUGGCGGUUUGUUACGCCUAAACAACGUUCUGAGCUUCUUCGCAAGUGGUUCAAUUUACUUGAAGCGAACAAGGAUGAUAUAGCCGAGAUCAUGACUGCGGAAAGUGGCAAACCAUUAGGCGAAGCGAAAGUUGAGGUUACAUACGGGAAUUCUUUCAUUGAAUGGUUCUCAGAGGAAGCUAGAAGAAUACAUGGUGAAAUCCUGACAAGCCCUUCUGUCGAUAGAAAUAUCUUUUACGUUAUGGAACCAAUCGGGGUGGCAGCAUUAAUCACACCAUGGAAUUUCCCUCAUGCCAUGAUCACCCGUAAAGCUGGCGCAGCCCUUGCUGCCGGUUGUACUUGUGUUGUUAAACCAUCAGGGGACACUCCCCUAACAGCUUUAGCUUUAGCUCAAUUAGCAGCUGAUGCUGGCAUACCCGCCGGUGUCUUUAAUGUGCUAAGCAGCGAACAUAAACAUUCUCCCAGUAUCGGAAAGCUCUUAUGCGAGAGUCGCUCGGUUGCUGGUAUAUCUUUCACUGGUUCGACUACUGUUGGCAAGCUUUUAUACAGUCAAUGCGCAGCAGGCGUUAAAAGAAUUGCCUUGGAAUUAGGUGGAAACGCUCCUUUUAUAGUUUUUAAUUCGGCUAAUAUCCAGCAAGCUGUUAAAGGUGCAAUGAUAGCGAAGUAUAGAAACUGUGGACAAGCAUGUGUUGCCGCUAACAGAAUUUUAGUUCAAGGCGAUGUUUAUGACAAGUUUGUUAAUGAAUUUGUAAAAGAAGUCAAAGCCUUAAAAAUUGGAGCAGGAACUGAACCUGGCGUCAAUGUUGGACCAUUAAUUAACAAAGCUCAUUUUCAGAAAGUGUGCAGUCUUGUUGAAAAUGCGGUUUGUAAAGGUGCUAAGGCCAGUGUGGGAGGUAAGCCUGCAACGUCCCAUGGAGAACUAUUCUAUGAACCCACUGUACUUGUCGAUGUCACGCCUGAUAUGAAGAUUUAUAACGAGGAAGUUUUCGGACCAGUCGCAACGCUUGUAAGGUUUUCUACUGAAGCAGAGGCAUUAAAUAUUGCUAAUGGAACUGAAAGUGGCUUAGCGGCAUAUUUUUAUUCACAAGAUAUGUCCCAAAUAUUGAGAGUAGGGCGAUUAAUUGAAGCAGGUAUGAUUGGAAUUAACGAAGGAUUAAUUUCAACUGCAGAAGCACCAUUUGGUGGAGUAAAACAGUCUGGAAUUGGACGCGAAGGUUCAAGACAUGGACUUCAGGAGUAUACUAAUAUCAAAUACAUCUGCUUGGGAGCAUCUUAAUUAUGGAAUAAUUAUUUUGCAAUACUACAAUUUUUAAUGUGUAGAAUAUUAUUCUUUGUUACAGCUUUCAGUGAAGCAAUUACUACACUAUUUCUAAUUGUAAUAUGUACAUGGGUGACUUUGACUGCUUUUUUAAUUUGUUUCAGUAGUAGAUGUCCUGAAAUGGAUGUUGUUUAUUGUACAUUUUUAUGGAGCAUUUAUGAUUAUACUGGAGAACAAGUGGUUUCAAACCACAGCUUAUUCAGGAUGAACACACAUGGUUAUCUAUUUAGUUUGCUUUAGUAAAACAAUUCUUCAUUCAUAUUUAACUGGGAAAAUAUAUAAAAAAUUAUUUUAUGUCAAUAUCUGCCACAUAAAUUGUAGUUUGCAAAAGAGAUUUUUAAUAGGUACUACUAUUUUGAAAAGUAUUAAGUGUUGAUAGAUUUUGUGCUGUUGAAUUUCUUGUGAAAUAGUGGAUUACAGCAAAUGUAACAUUGUGUUGCCAUGACAUUUUUACUUGUCUUGUAGGUAUUUUCCAUAUUAUUUUAAUUUUGGUAUGUUUUGAAAAAAGCUAUUUAACAUUUUUACUACAUUGAAUAUGAUUUAUGCAUAACUAGUACGUACUAAUUACGUUAAUUUUAUUUAUGGAUCCUAUGACUGUGAUUGACGUCAAUAUUCCAAGUAUAUAAGUGGGAAUGUAUGUUUGCUUAUAUAGAUAGCAAUAUUUCUGAACAUGUCUUCCAAAAGUCUUCCAAUUUUAUAGAAUAUUUAUAUACGUUACUGUUGAAUAGAUAUUUUAGUAUUAAGUAGUACAAGUACAUAAUAUGAUAUAUAAAUACAGUGCAUGUUUGUAUGUAGUUUAUCUUAGGACAAAUCUGAUUGGUUUUCACUUGAAAAGGUUUAGUUUGCACAUUUUGACAUCCACUUUAUUGAUAUAGGUGUUUUGAAACUGAUCAAAUUUAAUUAUUUCAAUCUAGUCAUUAUGCUUAUAAGUCAAAAAUGUUUUAAUAG